GUUUAAACAGAUAGCCUGCGAAGGCUUGGCAGACGAACGUCGAGUAGUCGAUUGCUUUUGCUCUUAGCUACUUAAUUGCUCUCUCUGCCUGGUCUGGCUGGUGGCUCUUCGCGCAAUUGUGCAGAAGCUAAUAAUCUGAUAUGGAGCAUAUCCUUACCCCGCUGGAAUGCCUGCUUCCCACUGGGAAUUUGAAGUAUUGUCUAUUGAUCCUUAAUCAACCUUUGGACAGAAGUCAUUUUCAUCAUCUUUGGAGCAAAGCUCUUUUAAAAGCCUGUGCUGAUGGAGGUGCUAACCGCUUGUAUCAUGUCACUGAAGGAGAGCAGGAGAGCUUCUUACCUGAGUACAUCAGUGGAGAUUUUGAUUCUAUUAGGCCUGAAGUCAAAGAGUACUACAAAGGCAAGGGAUGUGAACUUGUCUCAACUCCUGAUCAAAACUACACUGAUUUUACUAAAUGCCUUCAAGUGCUCCAGAAAAAGAUAGUAGAAAGGGACCUCCAGGUUGACAUGAUUGUAACUUUGGGUGGACUCGCAGGAAGGUUUGACCAGAUUAUGGCUUCUGUGGAGACCCUUUUUCAUGCAACCACCAUCACUCCAGUUCCUGUUAUCAUCAUACAAGCAGAUUCCCUCAUUUGCCUGCUUCAGUCAGGAAAACACAAACUGCAUGUAGACACAGGAUUUGAAGAUGAUUGGUGUGGCCUUAUUCCUGUUGGACAUCCUUGUAAUCAAGUCACCACAACAGGCCUAAAGUGGAACCUCACCAAUGAUGUGCUCAUGUUUGGAACCCUAGUCAGCACUUCAAAUACCUAUGAUGGUUCUGGAGUUGUGACAGUGGAAACAGACCAUCCACUCAUCUGGACCAUGGGCAUCAAAAAUGAACCCAGAAAAUGACACUUCAAAUUCCACCCCUGCCUUACCUAAUCUGCUCGUGACUGAAAAACAGAAGGAAUACAUCUGGAUUGGGACAGUAAUAUAAACCAUGAAAGGGAAGGAGGGAGAGGUUUUUUUAUUAAUUGCUUCCUUCCACUUUAGGAUAUGACAUUUUAAAGGAAAGAUUCUAAUUUUUUUAAAUGAAGGGAAACAUUAAUGGUGAGUUACAUGUUACCAAAGUCAAUUAAUUUAUUUAAAACACAAAUUUGGAUCAGUCCUUUCUAAAAUUCAGAUCUGAAUAGUCACAGUAGAAUUCACCAAACCAUUCUGCUUAUCCUCCCAACAACAGUCCUCUCUUUGAAGUUCUUAAUAAGCUUCUCAAGAACCUUUUUGAUUCUACCCCCAAGCCUCCGCCAAAGGACAUUACUGUUGUCUGCUACUCACUUUUCACAUUGAACUACAUUGCAAGGUCUUAAGAGCAAAACUUUGUAAUUUACUCUAUUCUUCUUGCAAACCCCCAUUAUUUUAUUCUUCUCACAUAACCAAUAAAGUGCAGUAGCUCUCAUUACUAUCCAAGAAAAUGGGGCAAAAUGCAGUGACAUAAGGUAUUUAAUCAGAAUGGGCAGCUAGGUACACAUAGAGCACUGGGCCUAGAGUCAGAAAGACUCAACUUGCCAAAUUCAA